AUGCCUCGUCCGGACCCAAAACCUGACGAGUCCAAAGAUACCAAUGUGUCUCACUCGGCGCCAUCGCGCGCCCAGCAGCAGAAGCAGAAGCAGAAGCAGAAGCAGAAGCAGAAGCAGAAGCAGAAGCAGAAGCAGCAGCAGCAGCAGCAACAGGACCAACAGCAGCGACCUUCUUCCCGACACCUGUUUACAUUCACCACCUGGCGCCAUUCCGGCCUCUUGGUAGCUGGCCUGAUCGCGGCCUUGUUCGUCGGCGCCCUGAAGACAUCAUUGGCCGUUCUCCUGGGCAAGAUAUUUGCUGUCAUUGCGGCCUUUGGAUCAGGGCAGGUGACAGGCCAGGAUACACUCUCCCAGGUGUCGUCAUGGUGCGUACUGCUAGUGGUUGUCGGCGGUGCAGGGUGGCUCGUCAACUUUGCCUUUAUGUUCUCGUGGGUUGCCUUUAGCGAGCUGCAGGCUCGAACCAUCCGCGGUCGCAUGUUUCGUGGCUUGUUGAGGAAAGAGAUGGAGUGGUUUGAUGGCCAGCAAGACGGCGUUGCCAGUUUAUUGGUGCGGGUGCAGACGUACGAUCAUCCCCAGAGUCUCAUAUCCCUCCCUGAUCUUCAGCGGCUGACGUACCGGCGCAAUAGGCAGACCAGAGAGUUGCAGAUAGCCUCUUCGAUGGCCCUAGGCUCACUCGCGGCGAAUGUCGCCACCUCGAUCGCAAAUCUUAUCGUCGCCUUCUACACAUCCUGGAAGCUGACCCUCAUGCUUCUCGCAACCAUUCCCGUGUCCGUCUUCAUCCUGAGCCUCCUAAGCCGCCCGCUCAAGCCAGCAAUCCAGGCCCAGAAGCAACUACUCGCGGAAGCCUCAAAGUACGCCAUAUCGGCCAUCUCUGCCAUUGACCUUGUCAAGGUCUUUAACGGGGUCGAUCACGAGACAUGGCAGUACUUCGGCGCCGUCCGACGGGCCACGCAGAAGUAUAUCAUCCAGGCCAGAGCUAGCGCCUACCAGUUUGGCUACGUCAAAUUCUGGAUGGAGAGCAUGUUCGUCGUCGGCUUCUACUUUGGAGUCGUGCUCGUCAGUCAGGGCAUGAGCCCCGGCAACGUCAUGACCACGUUCUACGCAGCCCUGACGGCACUUCAGGCAAUCGAGUCUUUCGUACCCAUGUAUAUGAUCCUGGCAAAGGGUAUGUCUGCUGGGCUGGCGCUUGACCAGAUCGCGAACGAUGUCGAGGGCGGGCGCAAGGUACAUCGCAUGAUGGGGGGCUACACCUCGGACGCGUGCACAGGUAACGUUGAAAUCCGGAACGUUAGCUUCGCUUACCCGUCGAACACUUCCAAUAUUGUCCUGAAGGACUCGUCGUUCGUCUUCCGACCUAGCGAACUGUGCUUCAUCGUCGGAAGGAGUGGCUCUGGGAAGAGCACACUGGGAAACCUACUGUUGAAGUUCUACGAGCCCCUCGGCGGCGAAAUCCUCAUCGACGGCCAUGCGCUCCGGACUUUAGAUGUCGACUGGCUGCGGACGAACGUCACCCUGAUUCAGCAGACGAGUGUGCUCUUCAACGACAGCUUCUUCAUGAAUGUUGCCUUUGGCCACAGAAAGCCAACGCGGGUGUCCAAGGAAGAAGUCAAGGCUGCGUGUGAAACGGCACUGCUCCAGUCGACCAUGUCCAGCCUUCCCAAUGGGCUCGACACACAUGUUGGCAAUGGCGGACACAACCUCAGUGGAGGUCAGAAGCAACGGCUGGCCAUCGCCAGAGCCAGGCUACGAGAUCCUCCCGUACUCAUUCUCGAUGAAGUCACCAGUGGACUCGACCCCGUCAGCCGAAGUCUCGUCAUGGAAGCCAUCAGGAAAUGGCGUCGCGGCAAGACCACCAUCAUCAUCACCCACGAGGUUGCGCAGAUCAAGGAUCAAGAUUUCGUGUACGUCAUGGACGACGGUGCCAUUGUGCAAGAAGGUUUCGGUCGAGAUCUGCAGCAGCAAUCAGAUGGGCUGUUUGCGCAGCUCGUCGAGUCUUCUACAACGCAGCCGGUUAUGGUUGACGAUGCUGAAGACCAAGCCCAGCCUCGAUCGAGGAGUACUGCCACAACCAACUUUUCUCGACCUCUCAGUGAUGCUUCACAAAACGUACCCCGGCUAUCAGGCUACAUGUGGCCUGAGAAAGCUGGGGGAGACGAUGAAUCCCUGCCUCGUGCGACCAACAGAGCUACGAGAACCACUAUGGGAAUGGGAUUCUCGCAGCAGUGGACCGGGAACGGACGUGCUCAGAGACAGACACAGGCGGGCGAGCCGAAGGCAGGAAAUGGCCUGUCACGUAUGAUGCAGGCGAUCAGCAGGCGGUUCUCCACGGCCCGAGUGGCCCCGCAUUACCGGCUGCCAUCUCUCGAGAUUCCGGAUGGUCGGGCCCCUCACGAGGCGACACAUAGGCAAGGGAGUUUCGUGAGGCUCCAGGAGCUAGGUGAUACGGUGCGGAACAACCGUCGCGGCUCUUUGUCUGGCGAGCGCAGACACGUGCGUGCAACUAGUAGUGCAAUGGCUGGCCCCUUUUCCAAGGUCGAAGACACUCAGGGCCGUGACGCACAACCACAAAAGAAAUCGGAACUAUCUCUGUGGUCAAUCUACAAGACCGUCUGGCCGUGCCUCGGAUUCAAGGAGAGGGUCUUUAUCGUCAUCGGACUCGUCAUGUCCAUAGCUGUGGCCGGCUCUGUCCCAGCCUUCUCCAUCGUAUUUGCGAACCUACUCGCCGCUCUCUACAAGACUGAAGACCGGUUGGCGGCGGGCCAGAAAUGGGCCUUGAUCCUGUUGGCCAUCGCCGUCUCUGGGGCCAUCGCGACCUUCCUGAGUCAUUACCUCUUGGAGUGGGCAGGGCAGGCCUGGGUCAACGAGCUGCGCAUGCAAGCCUUCAACCGGAUCCUGCGCCAGCCAAAGCCCUGGUUCGACAAGCCCAAGCACUCGUCCAGCCGUAUCAACGAAUGCCUGGACCGCAACGCAGAGGAGAUGAGGAACCUCGUCGGUCGGUUUGCGCCGCUGCUUCUCGUUGUCGUCUUUAUGAUUCUCAGCUCUGUCGUCUGGGCGUUGGUCAUCUCCUGGAAGCUCACCCUCGUGAGCCUCGGGAGCGGGCCCUUCCUCAUCGCGGCGACCAAGGGAUACUCUGUCGUGUCGCACAGGUGGGAAUUGCGAUGCAACAAGGCUGCCGAUGCGACCAGCGCCAUCGUCCACGAAACAUUCACCAACAUUCGCGUCGUGCGUGCUCUCACACUCGAGAGAUUCUUCACCAAGAAGCACGCCGCGUCGGCGCAGAACACGUUCAAGCUCGGCGUGAGGAAGGCCUCCUACACCGCCGCCCUCUAUGCGUGCUGGCAGUCCAUGUUUUCGUUCAUGAUGGCUCUCAUCUUCUGGUAUGCGACCGUCCUCCUCGCUAUCAACAAGGAGAUCACCGUCCAGGCCAUUCUGCAGGUGGUCAAUCUGCUCGUCCUGGGCCUCACCACCGCUUCGAACGUCCUGAACUCGGUGCCUGGCAUAGCUGCGGCCCAGGCAACGGCGGCCCAGCUCUUGUACUACGCCAACCUGCCCACGCACGCGUCGCACGAGAUCAAAGGCAGGAAGAUGCUCAUGAACCCGUUCCCGAUCCGCAUGAAUCAGCUCUCAUUCACCUACCCUUCCGAGCAGAACCAUCCCGUGCUGCGCAAUCUCACACUGCAGUUUGAAGCAGGCACAUCGACCGCAGUAGUCGGACCUUCGGGCUGUGGCAAGAGCACAAUCGCCUCUGUCAUUCUUGGUCUGCACAUGCCUGAUCCUGCUAGCCAGCAGCCAACGGGUUGGGAUGGAACUGCGGGUGAAGCAACGGGCGAGUCGUUGACAUUUGGAACAGUUCCCGUUCAGGAGAUCGACAUGGCGAGCCUGCGACGCCACAUCGGCUACGUCCCACAGGCACCCUUUCUCUUUCCCGCCUCGAUCGCAGAAAACAUCGCCUAUGGGCUGCCCGAGGACUCGCCUCUUCGCAGUUCAGGGAAUCUCGAGCUGGCGGCUCGGGAGGCAGGCAUCCACGAUUUUAUCUAUAGCCUGGCUGAUGGCUAUGAUACCGUGGUUGGCGACGGGGGGCAGACACUCAGCGGUGGCCAAGCCCAAAGAGUCUGCAUUGCCCGGGCGUUGGCGCGGCGCCCAGAGAUCCUCGUGCUGGAUGAACCCACAAGCGCGCUGGAUGCCGAGAGCGCGGAGGGUGUUAGGCGCACCAUCCAAGCUCUGAUGGACGCCGCCAGGGGAAGCGUCGCUCGCCUCGGGGGCAGUUUUGGUAUUGCCGACGUGCACAGUCGAACGCGACAGCAGCUCUGUGUCAUCAUGGUCACUCACAGCCAGGAGAUGAUGCGCAUGGCCGACCGAAUCCUUGUCGUAGACCAUGGCAAUGUCGUGGAGACGGGGGUCUAUGACGAGCUCUACGAGAGAAAGGGCAAGUUUGCAGAGCUCGUCAGCGGCGGUAUAUGGAUGGGCAAUAAUGACAUGAAUAGCCAUACGGCACGGCAAAUGGCCAAGGGGAAUACGGAGGAGACUGGUGGCGGGGUGGAUCGCGGUGAGAGAAGCAGUCAUCGAGACCCGACAGAUCUGCCCCUGAGAACACCGAGCGUGCUGGACGGACAAGAGUUUCCGGUGAGGGCCAGGUGGGUUGGCGCUCGGGAUAUAGAUUGGAGCCCCGGCUCUGGACCGGCUUCGGGUAUCCUGAGUCCGCUGGCGAGUCCGUUUAGCCGGCCGUCUCGAAGGAGGGAACGGAGGGCAGACGAGGGUGCGUGA